AUGAAUAUUUUAAAGACUAAUUAUUCAGAAUUGGUAUCACUUCAUCAAUUAAUACCUAAUCUUGAUUCAACUACAAGAAAUCAGUUUCGUGGAAUUUAUUUUACGAAAAAAAUGACAACAUAUCAAAUUAGUCAAUGGAAUGAAAUUCUUCAAAGAAAAUCUUUCAUAAAUAAUAAUGAUAAUCAUGUAUUUAUCUCUAAUCUUUUAAUGAAUUGUUAUAAUAAAAAUCGUUCAAAUAUACUUCUAACAAAUAUUGAUAUAAAAAAUAAUAAAUCAUUAAAUAAUCACGAUUAUAUUUCAAAAAAUUCAUUAUUAUCACAUCUUUGCUUAUCAUAUAUAUGGAUUGAACGACGAAAAAUUCUCUCCGAUGAAGCAUUAAUAUAUCUUUUAAGUGAAUUUACAUUAAUUGAAUGUUUGACUCGUAGAAGACAAUUAUUUAUUCAAUUGAGUGGUACAUAUGAAUCAUUUUAUAGUUUACCUUAUUAUAUAAUGAGAAAAUCUGACGAAAAAAAUGAAGCAAAUUUAAAAUUAAAUAAAAUGAAUACAAGAAAAAGAACAAUACAAUUUCAUUUACAUGCUACCAAACAAGGACAACAAGCACAUUUAACAGAUUUAUAUGGAACAUUACUACCUACACAUUUAGUACAUUAUCAUGUAUCAAAAUUUGAACGAUUUGAUAUAUAUCAUUCGAUUGAAAAAUCGUAUAAUGGACAAAUGUUCGUUGAAGCAAUGUUUACUUCAGAGUUUAGUAAAACAUUUUUUAAUCAUCGACCAAAAGAAGAAGUCGAACAAAUUCGUGAAAAUCUAAUACCUAUAUUUGAACAAUUCCGAAUAAAUCAUCGUCAAUUCUAUCUUCGUCGUCGAACGCGUUUACCACUCUCCUAUACUCAUCAUCACAUUCCUGAGCCAACUGCUACACUUGAUCAAUUGAUAUCGUUGACAACACCUGUUUCUACUAUACAAAAAUUUAUUCGUGUUUGGUUAAAAUAUGUUUUACCAGUGGAACUUUUUGGUUCGAAAUUUAAUUAUAAAUUAUUUAUAUAUCGAAUGUGUUUUUUUAUUCAAUUACCACGAACACAACAAUAUUCCUUAGGUGAAGUUAUACGAAAAUUUAAAUUUAAACAAUUUCAAUGGACAAAAAUUCAAAAGAAUUUACCACCAUUAGUUUGUCAAUUAUAUAUUUGUCAUUUAAUCUAUUAUCUUAUAUAUUAUGUUUUUAUAUUACUCCGAUCGUAUUUUUAUGCGACUGAAGGUUCAUCACCUUCUCAUCCACUUGUUUUAGUAUUCUAUCGACAUAAAAUUUGGCAUGCUAUACAAACAAAAUCUCGUCAAGAUUUAAUUGUAAAAGCUUGUGCUCCAACUGUUCAACAAGAAUAUAUAAAAGAUUGUGAAGAUAUAUGUUAUUCAUGGAAAGUACGUUUUGUACCUAAAACAGCAAGUGUUCGUUAUUUAGCAUGUGUACAAGAAGGAAUUAAUACAAAAGAAAAUAUAAAUCAUUUAAAAUAUACAAAUGAAAUAUUGAAAUAUUUACGAAGACAUAAUAAAAAUUUAUUAGGUAUUGCAACAUUUAAUCGAGUUGAAAUGCAUAAACGAUGGCAAGUUUUUUGCCAAAAUGCACCAGAAAUAGACGAAAGCAAUAUGACUUAUUUUCUAGCAGUCGUUGAAUUCCUUGAUAAAUGUGAAUUUGAUUAUAAUUUAUACAUUCAUACAAUUUACAAAACUCAAUAUCGUAAUGGUCGUAUUAUUCGUAAGAGAACUCUUUAUUGGGUUGGAAAAGAGAAUGAAAAAAUGUGUGAAAUAAUGAGUGAUGAUUCGAAACCUAUAAAUAAUGGAAUUUUUCAUGAUAUGAUUAUUCAUGAAGGUCAUAUUGAAAUUUAUAAUAAAACAAAAUUACUUAAAUAUAUUCGUGCUCAAUUAUUCAAUUCUUAUCUAUAUACACGACAUUCUACAAUAUUACCAAUUAAAACAUAUCAUCGUACACGUGGUAUAAAUCAUGGUUUACGAAUAGCUUCAAUGCUUGGGCAAAUUUAUUUGAAUAAAAUCGAUAAUGAUAUUAAUUUUAGUCCAUUAUUUGAUGAAUUUGCUGUACGUCAUGAAGAUGAUUUAUUAAUUAUUUCACCGCAUCGUUAUCGUCUUCGUCGUAUUAAAUUAAAUAUGAAUAAAAAAUUAAAUGAAUUACAUCAAAUAACUAGCCCAUUAAAAAAUUCAUUAAAAACGAAAACAAAUAUACGUCAUAAAACAAUGAAUAAAAUUCGUCCUGUUGAAUAUUGGGGUUCACUUGUUGAUAUUCAAUCUCGUCAAAUAUAUGUUUCAAUAAAUCCAAAUGAAAGUAUACAAAAAAAAUUAAAUCAUCUAACAAUUAAAGUUACACGCGAACCAGGUUAUUACAUACGUCAUUCAUUAUUAAAUGCUUUAAGUUUACGUUCACAUUCAUAUUAUUUCGAUCGUUUAUAUACAACAAAUAAAACUUUAUUAAAAAAUUUCUAUGCAUUAUCAUGUUAUUAUUUAAAACGUUUACAUUCUAUAUGUAUUCGUUUUAUACAAAUCUAUUCAUAUAAAUAUAUUCAAUCAAAAAGUUUAUUUUUAUUUCGUACAAUACGUUCAGCAUUACGUAUAUUAAUUAAAAAAGCAUUUAUAUUUAAUAAAAAAUCUAUUAAAUUAAUAAAUCAAUGUAAAUAUGUUUUUUUUAUAUCAUGUAUAAGAUUAGUUAAACAACAUAGACAUUUAUUUCAAAAUGACAUUAUUGCAAAAAGAUUCUCACAUAUGGCUAGAAAAUUGAAAUAUUUAAAUAAAACACAAAAAUAUGAAAUUAAAAAAACUAUUGGAUUUAAACAAUUAAAAAUGUAA